AUGCUUCCUCGCGGGGAGAUCACCCGUGUGUACCCUCCCCCUCCCCCAUCUGGCUUCCCGCUUCUCCCGCUUGUCACCCCGCCGCCCUCGGUCUUUCCUUCUUCCUGUUCGUGGUCCACCGGUCGCGCGCCCCCUCAGACUCGCCAGGCGGCAGGGUCUGGGUACCCGGGGCCUCCGCCGCCCUCUCCUCCGCCUCCACGCUGCUUUGCAGCUCCAUUUUGGUCUCCGUUCCCCAAGCUAUGCUCGCUCUUUCCUGCGCCGGGGCCCCAGGUCCCGCCUAUUCCGCCGCCCCCCCAAAACCGAAGCAGCGCUCCCCCAAACUCCCCUCCCUUCUUAGGUUCCAAUCCAGGUGGGCCUACAGAUUCGGGCGCCUGCGACGAGGCGGGGGCGCCGACCCCCGGGUCUACGCUGUCGCUCUCGAGAACCCAGGUGGGUACCGACGACUCAGGGGGCAACCGACUGGGGACUCUCGCGCUUGCAGGCCCCGACCCAGCGGGGUACCCACCACGGGGACCUCGAGGCCCCCAUUCCCCCAGAGGCAUGUCACUCUGCCGCAGCCGCAGCCGCCUGAGUGUCUCUGGACUUCCACGGGGCGACGCCUCACGAAGAACCUGCACAGCUGAUCUGCACAUAGGAGACCAGCAGAUGCCUCCUGGGAGAGUCUGGAGACCCGCGGGGACUGUCUCGAGGCGCGUUGAGGGUACUGCGAGACCCACAACAGGGGCGGUGGAAUGUGACUGGAGUCAGUCUGAGUCGGCCGGUAGACUUGCAGGGAGAAGCGAGGACGGAGUCGACAAGUUUUUCGGAGACAGGUCAGUAGAAGACACUGGAGGAAGUCAAGGUGCUCGAGAAGAAAGGCGAGGGCCUGGAACCUUGCCCUUGCGACGCGUAGUGGUCGGUCCGUCCUGUUCCAAAAGUUGCGAUGGAGACGGUGACCGGCUGAACACCUACGGCUCCGACAACGGAGAACCAGGGCAGCCGGUCCCCCAGAAGGCGACGUCGUUCUUCUCCAGCGGGACAGGCCUGUCUCGAGGCGGGGGCCGGGAGGCGACAGUUGCGCCUCCAGGCGGCUUUUGGUGUGCCUCGGGCGGCAGCGACACUCGCGACGCUGCGAGCAGCCCUCGAGGCUUCUCAGGGACUGGCAACGAGCUCGCUUGCGAUCCUUCUGUGUCGAGUCCCGGCGAAGGGGCCUUGCAUCCAAGCACCCAGCCUGGGCAGCGGUUGCAUCUGCCCCCCGGGUCCACCUCUCGGUACAGCUAUGGUGACAAGGACCCCAUGCAGACCAGGUUGAGCGGUGAGUCGCCCUGCCGCGACGCCUUCUCCCGCGAGCGCCCGGCUUCCACCUUCUUCGGCCACGGUCGGGAGCCCCAGCGGCGCGGGGGCGUGUGCGCCUCUUGGGACUCCGGAAACCUGUCACCGCGCCAAGGAAACGCUCGGGCCUCGUCCUCGGCGGACCGGAACGAGACGGGCCGCGUCGCCGAAGAUAGCAAUGACUUCGCCUGGUCUUCCACGUCGGUUUCUCCUUCUUUUGCGAAGCCUGCACGCGCGAGGACUGAUGCAUCGAUCCCCCGAUUGUCUCGAACGAGUGGGAUUCGAACUUUGGGGGCUGAGCCACAGUCAAGUGAACCGGCAAAUUUCCAAGAGACAGCCACGGUGGCUUUCUCAGGUUUGCAUGUGUUCCCAGCAACUCUUAGCAACCCUGCGUGCAGAAGCGCAGUGGACGGAAACGCGGGCACACCCAUGGCAACUGAAGAUGACGGGGAGACUGCCAUGGCGAUCGACGAUGACGAACAGGUGCAAGCAUCCUUUGUCAGGGCCUGCGAGGUUGGCGACCUGUCCCGGGGAAGGAAGGAGCAGUCCUUCCGGAGUAUCUCAACGUCGGAUACUCUCGUUGAGGUCUUUUGUCCGCUGAACCCUCCGGAAGCAGUUUCAGCGCAGUCUGUGAGCAUUAGGGAAAAGUAUCAGGGGAAGAAGGGUGAACCGGAGAGGGCCUCUGCGUUUGCAACUGGUAAGAGCUUGGAGACCGUCGCGGGCUUCCAGGAAGUCUCUGGCUCUCACAGCCAGCUGCUGCGUCGCUCGUUUCGAGAGGUCCGAUUGGCAGGUUCCACGCGCGGAGGGGAUAGGUGUGUCUCCCCCGUGGACAGCCAGGCGGAACUGAGGCGAGAAGGCCCCUUCCACCCCACACGGCGGUUCAACACAGGGAGCGCCUCCGCCGGGACGCCAGCGUCCCUCAGCUGCCUUCCUCAACGCAACGGUUGGGAUGGAAGAUGGGGAACGCAUGCUGGGGACAAGAGCUGCUUCUGCGAAGAACCCGCGAGCCCAACAAGCUCACCAAGAGCAGCACCAGCAAGAAUGGUGUCUUUCUCUUUGGGCCCGCCAGGGACCGGGGCGAAGAACGGUGGCCGCGAGGACUUACACAACCGCGGCGAGGACAGAGUCGCAGGGCUGUUCCCUCAGGUGUCUGGGCGAGAAAGGAGGCCGAAAAGAAGAAAUCGGCCGUUCAAUUCGGAGUGGCGAGAGGAAAGCAGGGACGUCUCUCCAGGAAGCGAUCCCGCGACAGCUCGGAACGAGCACCAGAUCCGGGGUUCUCCGUCGUCACUUUUAAGACUUCAUGUCUGCGAAGAGAACGGACAAGCAGCCGUGCCUUUCAACGCCAAUCAGGCCGCUCGCGAAGCGCUCGAUCGAGUUGAGGCCAGCAUUCAGAGAGACGCCCCCCACCGCCUCAAGGCUGCCUUUCUAGGCCCUGCGACAGGACCCCCCGGGAGCCGGGAAGCGGCCAGGGGGGCAGGAUCAGGCGCCGAAUCGCCAGGCGCGGGGCCAGGAGACAGGCAGGGCCCUCGGUGGCGGAACGAGGCCUCGUCGGACCUCAGAGUGGGACCUGUUCGAGGAAGCGAGUCGGCAUGCAACCAGACGGAAGGGGUACGCGACACGAUGAAGGAGGAAGAGCAGACUGCCGCUGCGGUAAGCCAGAGGGCUGAUACUCGACACGUAGAUUUCCCCGCUCUUUUUUCUGAAAGGAAACUCGAGAGAGACAACGGAAAAACCUGCGACUCGGGUCCAGGUCGUGAGCGCGGAGGGGAUGCGCCUGCCUCGUAUUUUUAUUGGCCCCCCAUGCGAGAGGGGACUAGCCCCCGGGUCCCUGGGCUUCGGGAUCAGAACGAAUCAGAUCGCGAGAAACCUGGUCCUCCUUCCUCUACGUCGCUCAGCUCGAUGGUCUCGCAGCGAGGCGACCCUUCCUUUCGAGGACCUCCUGGCGGGGUCUUUGAAUCUCUGCCCUUCCCUUGGAUGUCCUACAGUCGCCCCGUGGCUCCGUGCACUUCGGGCGGCCUUGGAUGCUCUUUCGCUCCACAGGACGAGACUCCACGGACCGCCUUUUCGGAAGUUCGGAUUCUCCGCCUCACGCGUAACAGCAGGUCUCCGACAAACUCAGAGAGAGCGAAAUCCGAGCGGCGCGUCCGAGAUGCGCAAGAAGCGCGCAGAGACAGACUCGGCCCCAGAGGCCCUGCCGCCUUGGCCGUCCCUAACCGAUGGAGAGACGGAAGAGAGCCGCCGCCUGAAGUGCCGCCGCCGCCCAGGUGGACACUGCCGGAAGACAGGCAGAGGCCAGCCCCACCUUCGUUCCGAGGCUCGAGAGGAAGAGAGUUACGAACAAAGAGAGAAGGGGGAGAACUAGCGAGCCGGGAGCUUCAGAAACAGCAAAUUUCUCUUCGUGGAAACGUGGAGGAACACGAGAAAGAAACAACUGAGAUGCCGAGCACGGAACAGGACCGAACAGCCAUUUCUCUACAUCGAGACGUGGAUGCGAAGGCUACGGGCUCUCCAGACUCCAGCGCGGCUCGGAGUCCACAGGCUGCUGUCUGCUUGUCUUCGCCCUGCCCUGUCCCCGUGUCUCCUUCACCCUCGACGCCCCUGUCGAGCGCCAGCGUGGCGGGCCAUAUCGACGAAGUUUCCGGCUCCGUUCGAGCCCAAGGCGGCGAAUCAGUCGCACUCCUCCAGGGGACAAACGCGGCGAGGAGACAAGGGAGACACGAGAGAGAAGUCGAGGACGAUCAGACGGGUCGACACCAGAGGGAGGACGCCGAGUCCAGAGAAUGUAGACUAGACCCGAGAGACCCAGAUAAUACAAACGACUCAAACCCGCUUCACCGAACGCAAGGCCUUUCCUGUCUUGCCACCGUCAAAGAGAAAGGCGACAAUCAGCAAGAGGACAGAUUGCAUGCGACUGCGCCACCAGAGCGUGCUGGGGACAGAGCUGUAGCAGCUUCGAACCCCUCACAGGCAGAGUCUCUGUCUGGGGCCCAGACUCUUACCAAAAGCCUCCCAGCAGGCGAAGCGACGGAACAGGGGCGGAAGGGCCGCUGGAGAAGCGCGCGAAGGCAAGAAGGUUCGGAGAAUACCCAAUGCAGCCAGAGCGCGAGAGGUGGAGAACUCACGGGGAGCGGUGCCGAUGAGAAGGGAGGAAAGAUGGACUCUGUUGAGGAAAGAAGCAAAGACCUUUCUUCUCGGAGUGUCGAUGGCAAGAUUCUCGUGGAAACCGAAUACGCGAGGGAGACCCACCCGUCGGAGAGGAAGGACGAGAAUCGUAGCGAGAGGGCUGAAGGAGGCGCAGCUAGGGGAGGAGAAGUGCACAAUGCAGGGGAUGGCGAAGUGAAAACAAAGUCGAAAACAAAGAGUAGCACGGCCUCGGAAACAGAGGCGGCCCCGCAGAGGAUCGUGUCAAGGCCUGUCGAUGGGGAGGGGACAGAACGAAGCUUGGAGUCGCCUGUCACAUCCGUCAACGAAACAAAGCGAGGACAGAACGGAGGUGACAGAGGAAAGGUGGAAGGAGAAGGAGGAGAGAGCGAGAGUCGUUCUCGAGAGGGGGCAAAACAGCAGUCGCGCGACGAAGAAAGACUCUUGGAAUUCGCCAAAGAUAGCGAAACGCGUGAAGGGAGAAAGGAAAUGUGCACCGAACACAGAGAGAGGAAAGGGCAGAGACGACUGGCGAGAGACACUCGAGAGACGGACGAGAGCAAACCGGCUUUGCCUGUUCCUCAGCGGGAGGGGCACACGCGGCCUGAAUGGGAAGAAAGAAGAGACGACGCAUCUGUUUCGUCUUGUUCUCACCAGGAGAAAGGAAGGAACGAUGAAGACGUUUUGUCCUGUUCUCCCCCGACGUGGACUUUGACCCUUCCCCCCGAUCUUUCUUCUCGGUCUCCUUCGGUGCUUCCUCCCUCAGAGGCCGCAUCCGCGGACUCUCGAAGGCAAAUGGGUUCUGCUUCUCCUCAUCUCCCCCUCACACCUUCCUCCUCGCCUUCUUUCCUCUCGUUUCCGCUACCAUCUCAGUCCACUUGCCCACCAUCUGUCCCAGAUUCCCCCGGGGCUUCACUUGCCCAAGCGACGCUGGUGGAGGCCAUUCCUAGGCAACAAUCCCCGGCCGCAACGCCCCAGCAGGCCCCCUUGGAGACGAAGGGCCAGCCGCCUGAGGUGGCGGCUCUCCCAGGAAGGAAGUGUGAAGCAGCCGGAGUUUCGAUGGCUGCUGCUGAGGGUCGUCGAGGAGAACUCUUCUCAACUCUGCCUGCCUUGUCAUCAGAUGACUUUGCUCCUCGGAGUCCCUCGCUUAAGACGAGCCAGUGCUCAACUGAGAAAGACAACUCCCCCACAUCGGUUUUCCCUUGGCGCGCCUUCCAGUCUCGUCACGCGUUCCCCUCGCCCUCGGCACCUGGAGACACUCGCGCCGGAGCCGCGGCGGGGCUUGGAUGUGCCGCCGCUUCCGGCCGCCGGGACUCCAAGGCGCAGGCUGAGGAGACCGGUGGGGCCACAGAACCCCACAAACGAGAAGCGGAGACAGACCUCCAGAGGCCAGAGGCGCAGAGAGGCCAGAAACGGGAGUCGAGGUCCGGAGGCCAGGCGGCAAAUCCUAGUGUGCGAAAGAAGACGAGACGGCAACGCGUGUCUACCCCUUCAGAGUUAACUUCGCGUCCAGCCUCGCCAGGUGAUGAGGGCUUUGUACCCUUGCCCCCCAGAAAUGUGGGUACCCUGGGGCCUGACCCUGGUGCAGGGUCUCUGGCUCUCGAGGAGAUAGAGAGACAGACCGAGACAGAGUCGACUGAGCGACCAGCGAGUCGAAGCGGCGUCCCCGCAGACUCCGAGUCCAUUGCUCCUCAGACUGCCGAUAUGUCUUCUGAGUCGUCAACACCUGUGUCUUCACUCCCGCCGGCGAAUCUUUCUUUGCCGCUGGCUGCGGGUCUCUCAGCGAACAACCCAGUGACAAGGAGCCUCGAAAGCGUCGCUCACGCUGGGCCUCCGGUGGGGGCUUCCAGCGAGUACCUCCGUGAUCCACUCAGUUCUCUUCGUCCCCCUGUCACAAUGUCAGCAACUCUUUCCUCUUCAAGUAUGCCGGUGUCUUCUACUUCGUUUUCCCCCUCGCCUGCUCUUGUCUCUGCAUCUGGGGCUUCUGUUUCAAAUUCAAGUGCAGCGGCAAGAUAUGAGGGGGAACCCGGGGGAACAAGCGUGGCGUCAAAGGCUUCACCGCCCUCCACCAACACAUCAUCGGAGGGGCCGUCGCCAACGACAGCAUCUACAAUCUCGGAGCGACUGCAUGCCCUGAGACGCAGCAUAUGUUCGGGGAAAAUGAAGGAAUUUCAGCAACAGAGAGGCAACGUUUUCUCCUUGACUGCCUCGCGUGCAUGCACAGGCGACAAGGAACCGCGGGCGAAAGAAACAAGAAGCCCCAGGGGCGAGGCCUCCGAAGGACUUGGACGCCCUCACAGGGCCUCGACCUCCACGCCUCGCUGCGCCGUCCUAGCGGGCAGCCGGGAAGGUUGGGCCAAAUCUAGAAGUCCGCCCCCCCGACAAAGAAGCGGCAAAAAACGAGACAUAGAAGAAAGAGAGCAUGAAAAAAGAAGGAAAGAAGGCAUAGAUGAGGAACGACCCCGGACAGAAGGAAGAGAAACAAAAAGGUAUUGCGCCAGGGACAGGUCGGCGGACCGCGCUGUCCCGCCGAGUGCAGGUGAGGGAGGGAAGGACAGAGACAAGGAGAGGAAAUCGCGACAGAUGAAGAGGACAACUCGUGAAAAGAAAGGAAAACGAGAUUCUUCAAUAGAUGCCGCGACCCCCCAGUCCGACCAGUCACCUUCAACCCGCAGUGAAGGCAGGCGAAGAUCGGAGCGUCUCCUGGCCCUGGUUGCACUGAAAGAAAAACAGACCUCGCAGGUCUCUGCUGAAGCACAAGGGAAAAAUGCAUCUGCCAGGCCAUCGCCCACAGCUGGUUCGCCUUCGUCUCUGUCUCAUUCCUCUUCCUCCUCUCCUUCAUCGUCGCCUACCUCUGCGUCAUCUCCUGUCUCUUCCUCCUCUACUUCCUCUUCCUCGUCGCCUACCUCUUCCUCCUCUCCCUCCUGUGUCUCUCCUUCCCCUGCCUGUGGUUCCUCCACGACUUCCAUGUUUUCUGUUUCUGUGCUUUCCUCUGCGAGUUCUUCCGGUCUCACGGCCUCUUCGCUGCCUGCGUCGUCGCCUUCUGUGCCUGCUUCAUCUCCGCCCGUCGCAUCACGGGCGCCUUCUGUUCUCGCUCCUCUCGCGGGUGUCUCGACUGUCUCUGCUGGCUCCACCACUGUCCCUUCUGUCUCCGGUGUCUCUACUGCCUCUGAUGUUUUCUCUAGUGUCUCUGGCGCCUCUUCUUCGCCUUCGGUGGCGGUUUCAUCCGUGUCAGGAGACACUGCGUCGAAAAAUGGAGCCCUGGCCAUUUCGGGCGUGUCUCCCGAGCCCGUGACGCCGGGCGGCUCUCCAACUCUGCUGGCGUCUGGGGCGCCGCGCACCGUGCGAGUGGUUCCUUCGGCUUCACAGAAACCUGCGACUCUCCUGCAGGUGGAGAAGGCCUUUUUGCGCCCCCAUGGUGGGUCCCGGGCUCCUGCUACCGUUCUGUCGCAAACCAAACUGAAGGUUAUCAGCUAUUCAGUGCCCACCCUAGGUCGGGCCUCGUCAGGGCCAUUUUCUUCCUGCGCCUUCGCCUUGUCUGACCACGGCUCCUUCCGCAAAGUUAACAGAGGGUGGCAGCAGGUAGACGAGUCUCUGCUGAUUCGGUUAGAAGACGAAGACCGAGACAAUCCCAGAAGUCGCUCUUCCUCUCCGCGUAUGACGCGCACGAGGCCUGAGUCCUCUGCAGAAAUGCAAAGGCUUCAAAAGGAGAUAGAGGAGAGACCCACAUGCGCAGCGAGCACUCAGGGCCGGGCUCGAGAAGGAGAAGACGGUCGACAGAGGGCGGAGGCAGACAGUGAGGAGAUCCGAAAUCCUUCUCUUGACGCUUGUCACCUACAGCCGCGGGCGACUCCCGACCCGCCUCUCGGUGCCUCUCAGGCUUCUGCCUCAUCUGACUCGCUUGGGUCUGUACCUCUCUUGCCUCCUUCGAGUAGCCAUCUCGAAGAGAAGGGCGAUGCGAAGAGGGCAGAGAGCGAGGGGAGCGACGAGGCGCUAAUCAGGAAGACAGACGAACCGUGCGAAGACCUCACUGAAGGCUGGUCGAGGGCCAAGAGCCCCCUUUCCCGCGGUGUCUCCGGUAGAGCCGUCGGGGAGCUUCGCGAGUAUGCAAGGACACACGAACUGGAGACAAGAGGACCGGGUCCACACCCACGACCAGGAGAUGCCGAGAAGCUUUUCCCGGCGGAGAAAAGCGGGAGUGCUUCGAAUUCGAGUUGUCCCCAAACGCAUUCAGCUGCAGAGGCACCACCAUAUUUGAUUUCGCUCUCAUCUGCAACUCGAGAACGAACAGGCGGUAUCCAACAGAUAGCUCAGGAGCCUGCAUCUGCGGCCGCUUGGUCUCCACAAGACCGCGGCCCCCGCGAAAACGCAGGCUGUACUCCAGGUCCUGCUUCGGAAGAAACCUCAUCGGCGACCGACACGGGAAUCGAGGCGGCGAGCAUGAAAGUUUCUGUCGCUGCACAGUCUCGAGUGCGGACACAGGGGAUUUACGGAGGCCCAGGGCAAGGGGGCAUCUCAGGUUCUUCGAUAGGGCAGCCUGCGCAGCGAGCGUCUUCGGCUGCGCCUCCACUGCACACGGGUGCGCUGCGUGCAUCCUCGCUGGUGCCUCCGGUGACUUCUGCUCUGGGCUCAGCCCUCGCUGAGGCGCGGCUGCGCGAGCUGCAUGCAUGCGAGCAGGAGGUGGCGAGAGCGCGGGUCCAAGAGGCCCGUCUGCGGUCGCAGCACGCCGCGGCAGUGAUGAGAAGUAAAAUGUUGUUUGUCGAGUUUCAGAAAAGCCAAGGCGAAGCUCACCGCUUCGACCAGGAGCGCCUGGCUGCGAGACGCCGGCUUGCGCUCGCGGAGAACAGAGCCGCUGUCGCGGCUCGGAACUUUGAGGCUCUCGCGACCAGGACCAACGUGCAGUCUCCCGCCCACGCAGGUGGCGCGCCUCUGACUUCCGCGCGGCCGCUGGGGCCUCCGCUCGCGGGGCCAAAAGCGCCCCGAGAAGAACCCCGAGAAGCUUCUGUGGGGCUCUUGGGCUCCGAGGCGACCCCCGCGUUCAAGCUGGUGCAGGCGCAGGUGGAUCCCCACAGAGGCGAGAGCGAGAGCGAUUUGAGGCAGAAUGGCAGGCGAGAAGACCCAGUGACAGGGGGAACUAACGCUCAUUCUUUUUGUUCAGGGGGUCCAGCGACGCGGGCCUCGUCUGGAAGUGGAGAACACAGCUCGAAGGCCCUGGCGCCUCAACGGGUGGCUAGCGGCAGUGUCGUGAGCGCUCCGAACGUGCAGAGGCGAAGAGAGGAGGAGGCGCAGCUGCUUAAGGGGAGAAAGCGCGUCGCGAGUCGUGAGACGGCAGCCUUUCCAGGAGCUGCGACAGAAGAAAGGACAGACAUACGAAGUAAAGGCGGGCAGGUUAAAGGAGCCAAAGAAGGCGAGUCUCGCCAGAGAGAGCGGAGAUACUUCGAAACCUGGUUCGACCAGGAGGCGUCCGAAACGGAGACAGGAAACUCAGGAGAGGACCGAGGGGACGACGGGCCUGGCGAGAGGAGCGACAAGAACACAGAGAAGGGUGUGGGCGAAAGUACGAGCCGUGAGCAGAACAAAAUAGACUCUUCGACUUCCCGCGAAGAUGAUCUCCUCGUUUUUUUCGGUGGAGACGAAGAUCUACACAACGGCGACCCUCGGAAGCUUGACCAUCAGGAACGGAAGGCGGCUUUUGAGACUCUAGGAAAAGGCGAGGGGAAAACAGCCCAGGACAGAGCACGCACAGCCGGCAAACACGGUUCCACCUCUUCUCUUGUGACGGCGGCGAGCAGCUCGAAGCGUCAGAAGCUUGAUGGAGACGCGUAUGGUGAGAACGGGCCUACUUUAGCCUCUGCGGACCCGCGCGGACAGGCGGGAGUUUGUGCGGGAGAAGGCGCCCCACGCCGAGGAGACACUGUGCGAGAAGGAAGAGGAGACACGUCGCCUAGCGAAAACGUCCCUGUGUCCUGUGGCGGACGAGGAAGCAAGCACGCAGGACCAGGGAGCACGCCACCGAGCACGAACGCCCAUAUCUAUGUCUCCGUUCUGAAGGACUUGGGCUGCGUCGUGUCUUCGCUUCACACCCGUGACGAGCGCGGAGACAAGGGACAAGAGACCCGAGGAGACAUUCAGGAUGCGAGGCGGAAGAGGGCGGGGGAAGCGAGUGAGAUGGAAAAGGAAACGCCUUCUCGAUCUCUAAUGACACGUGAAGGAAGCGCGGCGAACGCGGGCUCUGUUGCGGCGUCGGAGAAAAGAGAGAGAAACGGAAAAGAGAAAGGGGGUGCCCCCCGUGAGGCACAGCAGGUGACAGAGAGAGAGACAGGGAACGGGAGGAGAGCGAAGAGCCUCGUGGAGAAAUUUCGCGGAGACAACUGCAUGCGACCGAUCUGCUACUACGCUCUCAACGGCGCCUGUCUCGAUCCGAAAUGCCCCAACAUCCACUUGAGUUAACACGAAAAUGGAACAGAGAUGACGGGAAUGAGGCAGAUGGAGGUGCGCCAGAGACACGAAGGUUUUCCUGUUGAACCGCAAGAAAUAUUU